AUGUACGAACUUGAGAAAUAUUGGAUCGCCCACGGGGCCAUGGUCUUCCUUGGAGCAUGGAUUCCCUCUGUCGUUCUAUUCUUCUGCAGUUUCUGUCUCGUCCGCCGUAAGAGGGAUCCUGCGAGAACUGCUUUCACGUAUCUCAAGUUGGCUCUUUUGGUGUUCUCAGGCUAUGCCUUCUUCGAAUUCGCCUCAUACGUCGUCUCAGUCGUUCACUCGCAAUUAUACUACGGCGGGAGAAUCGACAGUGACUUUGACUCGCAUUACUCGAAAACCCUGCUCGUCACCGUGCAAGUCCUCGCUACCCUUGCGCUCAUUUACGAUAUGGUCACCGAUAUUCUCAUCAUGAUCAUCCUCCUCCGUCUCGGCACCGGUAUCGUCAUGGUUCAGACAGGCCGCCCCGACCCCAAGGGCAAGAUCCUUCGCCUUGUCUCAUACAUCGCAGCGGCUAUCCUAUUUAUUCUCGCUUUGACCGCCUUCGGUCUUCGAAUUAGAUAUGUGUAUGAAGUUUUCUUCAACGAUGUUCGCGUUGGUGCGGAUAGCUACACCAAAUCUCGACAGAUUGCUUUCUCUUUCAGUGUUUUGGUCUUUGUCAUUUCUCUUGCCAUUGUUGCGCGGGCAAUUAUGAUCAAGGUUCAAUCAAAGGGCGAGAAUGUUCUUACUUGGUGCUCAAACAUGUUCAUCGCCGCAUCCGUUGUUUGGCUCAUGCGCACAACGUUCAAUAUGGCGUCGACAGCUGCUUGGACCAAUCUGAGCAGUGCGUACCGCGAUCGUGAGUACAAGUACGCUUACUACAUCCUCGAAGUCGUCUUUGGAAUUUGGCCUCAAUUCGUUGUCCUCUGCUUGGUUUUCGCUAUUGGUCGUGCUAGGAACAAUGGUAUUUGGUCGAAGCAGGAGCAGGAGCCUGUGAAGGGUGUUGAGGCUGGGGAACGUACGGCUUGGGGUUAUGGACAGGUUGCUCCUCAGGCACAGAAUGCUGUACCUAUGCCUCAGCAGCAGCAUUACCCGCAGCCUGAACAGCAGCAUCUGGCUCAGGGGUAUGGUCCUCAGCAACAAAUGCCUCAGCAGCAAAACGGCUACUAUGCACCACAACAACCUCAAUAUGCGGCGUAUGAUGCUAUAUCUCCUGUGUCUCAGCCCAGAUCACCGCCUCCUCAUGAGGAGACAGUGGGCUUGAACCACCAGGCUGAUGGUACUCCUCCCCAGGUACCAGCUCAGCCUUACCCGGAGAAGCAUUAG